GUCUGAGUCUCUCUCUUCUUCUUCCCAAGGAGUCCCCUAGUCGCCGAGCUCCCAGGACGCCAGCAGGGGUCUGUUUUUGACUCAGCCCCCACUGCAUUUCUGGGUGGGCCGGGGCACAGAGCAGGUCGUCUUUGCUGAGCGAAGCCCCCACUAUGCUGGAAGAGUAGCUUUUAACGUCAGUUGAAACGUGCCAGCGAAUUCUUGCCCUGAAACACGCCUGAACCUGCUGAUGACCUAAGGAGGCCUCUCCCCUGCCACAUGGAAGCGCAUGGACCUGCAUCACUCGCAUGCCAACUUCAACCACUCCUCCCUUCCAGCCACAUCCUUCAUAGACAGAGAGGAGGAGGAUGGAAGUCAUGAGCAGCCCAAAUCCCACCAUGUCUGCCAUCCCCAAGCACAUCCUGGACAUCUGGGUCAUCGUGCUGAUCAUCCUGGCCACCAUCCUGGUCAUGACGUCCAUGGUGCUGUGCCCGGCCACGGCUGUCAUCAUCUACAGGGUGCGGACUCACCCCAUACACAACGGGGUCGUGUGAGAACAGAGCCCGGGGCCGGCUGGCUGCCCUCAGGCCACGCUGGAGAAAAGACAGUGGGCGAAGCAUGCAGCUCCCUGAGCUGACUCCAUAUGGGGCAGCAGCAUGGAGGGGUGGGGACCAAAGUGCCAGCCAGGACAUGGCAGGAAGCACAGGCUGAUACUCCUGGGACCAGAACUCCCUGUGCGUCACCCAAAUGCACCCAAGGGAGCUGGGUUAGUCACCCACUCCGACUGGUGACAAAGCUUUCUCUGGAGUGAGUCCCGCUCGGUGGGUGCAGCGGCCCAGAAUGCCCCUGUCUGGGCUUCACCUCAUGCGCUCCAAUCAAAAUGGCCCCCUCGUAUUUACCCGGCGAGCUACUCGGAAAUGACAGGGAAGCAGGCCAGGCGCCGCAAAGGAAAUGUUCAACUUCUGAGAGCAAAGCUGUCGAAAUGGUUUCCAGAUGCGGUCGCUUUGGACGUUGAGCGACUCGCGCCGGGCCGCUCUCCCUCGCUGCGAGGGCAGGGGCUGGUGACCUCUGGUGCCUCACAGCUGGGAUCUCCCGUCUGCAUGCCCCAAGCUCCCCCAGGCACUGGAGAAGAACAAGGAAGGGAAGUGGGGUUCAGUGAAAGUAAUUUAUUUGGCAUGGGGGGAGGGGAUCCAUGUAAGGUGGCAAAAACGGGGGUGCAUUUGGCUUCUGGGUUUGCAAGGCCAUGGGACAGUGAAGGGGCCAAUCGCAGCCGUGUCAGUCUUGCUUGUUGCAGGCAUAUGGUGUAAUUGUACCAGAAAUGUACUAGGCGUGCUUUCAGGGGAAAGCCCUUUGGCUAACAGCUCUUGAGAGUGACACAGCAUCAUCCCCAAGCAGCCAGUCACCCCUUUUCUGGGCUUGUCACCUUGUUUUGGUUUCUUAAUGUCUUUGUAAUGAAAGGGCUAGAUUGGUGCCCGCUGAACGGGUCCAGCCGGAAUCAGUCCCAGGUUGCAAUAUGCCUCCACCCUGCUCUGGAGAGGCCCCUAUUCCAGGGCUCGGGGCCUGUUCAGUCUGGGUGGUCCGUUCAGCCUUUGACCUCUCUCCAGAGAUUGCCAACAUGGAGUCCGUUACUAUGGUGCUCUGUGUGAGAGGGACACCCGGCCGCUGGGAGCUGGGCUCAUGGUACACAGACUCUCCCCAGCUGCCAGAGCGUAAAUCCGUGCUGGAUGCGAACCAGUGCUGAAGACCCCCCCCCCAUGUCCUUAACAAGCACAAGCCCCGUAGUUCUCCUGCAGCCCCUCUGCUCUUCCUUGCCCAAAGAUGGGGAGGAAAUGGUUAACGAAACAGGAGAAUGCAAAUUCCAAGCCAGCGCACAGAGAGAAAGUGCAGUUGUAGGGAUAUUAAAGAAGGUACUAACAGUGAUUCCCCCAAGUGACAGUGACCCCCCUCAUAAUUUGUCCCCCACACUUUACAAUCCAACAGUUUCACCAAGUACAAAAAUCUCUUGGGUCUUCUGUUAAAACUUGUAAGCUACUGUCUGUAGAAACCAUUGAUUGUAUCUAUCCUGUGAAAGAUACUUUCUUACUAUGUAAAAUUUACAAACAAGUUAAUUGACUUUGUUCUUGAAGUUAUUGAUACAAUGUAAACAAACACUAUACGCCCGUUAAGUGACUUUCACUUCAUUCAACGGCUCCUAGGACAGACCCCCCCACCCUGAAGGGCCGGGAGUCUCAAACGAAUUAGCACACACCCUGAAAGUGGUGGAGACAGUAAAUUAAAAUAUGGUUAAGAUAUGGAAUGUAAGCUGAUGAAUGCUUGAUAUACAUGAAUGGUUAGGGAGGUGCCAGCCUAGAAAGGGAGUAUCCAUUGGCCGAAGAAUGUGUCAAGUGGAUGACCAGAAAACCCCUGGAGGGUAAACUGGGAUCCACCCCAGCACCUGGAAGGAUGAGAAACACAAACUUUGGACAGUUUGGAACCACCAGAAAUGUGCCCAGGAAUGUGCCAUCUGCUGAUUGAGUCAGCAACAGCAGGAUGAAACCGCUCCCAUAGACUAACACAGGAAUUAAUUCCUAUAAGAAUGGACUCUCAAGACUGAUGACUUUGAGUCUCUGGUUCUGCUGCCAACCUCCAGGAGCAUCAGGUGCAUCUGACACAGACUCGGCUGCAUCCUCAUGACCAAGCUACCUGGCCAGUAACUUGGCAUGAGCAGCUUCUAGGCUGGUAACUAUAACACCUAUACAGAACUUGAAUGAAUGAUUGUGUGAAUGAAUCUCUCUCUAUAUAUAUAUGUGUGUGUGUGUGUAUAAGGAAUAAGUAGUGAUAGGAAUAAGUAGUCAAACAACGUUGUUUACUUUUAUCUUUUGCUUUAUCAUUAUAUUUACAAUAAAUGUGGCAUCUUUGCCUUAUCCCUCU